AUGGGCGGCGCGGGCCGCCUGCCGCUCGACUUCCGCAACGGCGACCUGGUGUCGCGCCUGCUGGCCGCCACGCCGCCCUACCUCUACAACAUGCCGCUCGUGCCGCACUCCUUCUUCUUCAGCGAGAUGCUGCGCAGCUUCGUGCAGGCCAAGGCGGCCGACGCGCCCAGCCGGCGCAGCCGCAAGCGGUCGUGGCGAGAGAGCAAGAUGCUGUCGGUGCCGCCCCCGCCGCCCCCGGCGCCGCCGCUGGACAAGCCGCUGGAGCUGACGACGACGUCGCGGCAGCCGCCCGCGCACGGCGCCUGCUCGCCGCGCGACGAGAAGCCGCCACCGCCGUCUCUGUCGCCCGCGCUGCCGCCCCCGCCGCCCCCGCAGCUGAUGCUACCGCCGCCGCUGCUGCCGCCCCCACCGUCCUCGCACGACUCCUCGCCCACGCUGCCUCCGCCGCCCGACAUGCUGCUGCCUCCGCCACCUCCUAUCUGGUACCCGCCGUUGUACCCGCUGGCGCCACCGCAGCAUCACCACGCUCCGCCGCCGCCAUACGGAAUCGACCCUCUGCAUUUCUUCAUCGACCUGCGCGUCUCCGGACACAUAUGGGACAGAAAGGCAGGCGGCCAGGGCUCUGCCGGCGCCAAGGAGGAAGCGCUGUGCGGCGGCGGCGGCGACGACAAGCAGCGGCCCGCCUCCGUGGGGCUGGUCAAGCACACAAAGCACUGCUCGGCCUUCAGCGUGCCGCAGCCGCAGCCGCAGGCCCAGCUGCAGAGGGCGUCGCCGCCCUGCCCCGCCAGGCACUCGCGGCGCGGGCCGCACUACCUGCUGCACAACCUGGCGCGCAUCUACAAGGACGUGCGCGGCCAGGCGGCGGCGUGCUCGUCGCCGAUGCGGGAGGCCGCCUCCCCGCUGUCGUCUUCGACGUCGGCGUCGGCGUCGGCCUCCGCCUGCACCGCCUCGGGCGCGGGGGUGGGCUGUGACGGCGGCGGCGGCGACACCGGCAGCACCGGCGGCGACUCGGAGGAGUCCAGCUCCGGGGGCGGCAGCGGGGGCGGCAAGGCCUCCUGCAAGGACCUGCGCGCGCUCAUCGGGCUCGAGCUGGUGGUCGACUACGUGAAGCACGAGCACGGCGGACGGCGCCGCGGGAGCGACGACGGCCCCGCCCCCGCACCGGCCGUGCCCGGAGGCGGCGGGUCGCGCACCUCCUCCCCCGCGGCCCCCGCCGCCGCCCCCGCCGACAGUAGCGCCGCCGUCGCCGCCACCGCCACCCCCAAAGUGGAGCCGCAGCAGACGGACUCCCUGUGA